AUGUCAGAGGAAAAGGUAGAUUUAUUACCUCUUGUUCGCGAAGAGAUUCCAAAAAUCCUUAAAUUAGAAUUCAACGAGUCAAUCGAAGCAUUACAUGCAUUAGAAAGAAGAACACGUAUCGGAAAAGACGAUAUUGCAAAUUGCGAAGUCUGCAGGACAAUUGCAUCACUUUGCAUUGAUAGAAAGAGAUGGCAAGAUCUUUCAAAUAACGUUGCAAUUCUUUCAAAGAGAAGAGGAUACUCUAGAAAAGCUAUAACAGAUAUUGUUGAUAUGUCUAUGGCCUCACUUGAUUCCAUUAGCGAUAUUGAAGUCCGCGUAUCAGUUGUCCGCUGCCUCCUUGAAGUUACAGAAGGCAAAAUCUUCGUAGAAGUACAAAGAGCUCGUCUUACAAAAUUAAUGGUCGAUUACCUCGAAGGCGAGAACAAGUUAGAUGAAGCAAUGAAUCUUCUCCAAGAGCUUCGUCUCGAAGUCCUCACAACAAUGGACGAAGCCGAAAGAAUGAAGUUAAUGCUCCAUCAAUUCUGGCUUUGCCUUGAAACCCACGACGCUCUUAGAUCCCAGUUGAGUGCUGAGAAGAUUAAAGAUCAGAAAUUACCAACAGACGAACUUAAAUUAGAAUUCCUCGAUUAUCUCAUCAGAUAUCACACAGAAUUCACAAACGACUUCAUGGAAAUUGCCGAUGCAUUUUACAAGACAUACAAGAUCAAUAACGAUAGCAAGGCAUUGAUGCAUUCCAUCAUUGCAGCAAUUCUUGCUCCAAGAAGUGACAAACAGCUUCAAUUCUUUACCGAAGUUUCACAGCUUCGCGACCUUACACUCCUUCCUGAUUCAAAGAUGCUCCUUUCCAUAUUCAUGGGCAGAGAUUUGAUUUCAUAUCCAGAUUUUGAUAACAGAUUCGGCAGUCUUAUUGAAGAAGGCCACAAGGACAUCAUGCGCAGAAGAGUUAUAGAGCACGGCCUCCGUACAAUUUCGAAAUACUACUCGAGAAUCAGAUUAGAAAGAUUGGCCCAGCUUCUUGUCCUCUCAGUCGAUGAACUCGAACAGCGUAUUAUAGAUCUGGUGUUCUCUGAGAACUUUUAUGCUAGAAUUGACCGUCCAAAGGGAAUUGUUACCUUCAAGAAGCAGAAGAAGGUUUCGGAAGUCGCUGAUGAGUUCUCUGAGAACAUUGCAAAGGUAUGUAAGCUUGUUGAUAAGGCUAACUCUCUGAUAGAAAAGGAGAGACAGUGCAUCCACAGAACAAAGAUAUGA